AUGCUGGAGGAAUCGAAGUCACGAUAUGAAUCGACCUCUGAUUCCAUUGAUGAUGAACUCUCCGGUGACAUGCAAGAUUCAACGAAGACUCCGAAAGAUCCAGUGGCUUCUUCUUCUCGCUCUGAUUCCGGUGCCGAAGAUCCAAAAUUAAAGAACAAAGCUAUGGCUGAUGGAGAUGAGAUGAGUUGCGUAGGAGACAAGUUCGAAGAUAAACAGAAAAUCGAGGAAGCUUUCUACGAUGUCAAGGCUGAGCUGUCUGAAUUUGAGGAUAUGAUGGAUCGUUUCCUGAUCAUUAGCCUCGGUUGUGGAAUCGCGGCUUUGUCUUCACAUCCUUACACCGUCCAUGCCGCCAACUCUCCUUUACAAUGGACGAGGAUCGUCCAGACUCUCCUGGUGGGGCUUGCGAAUCCUUUCUAUCAAAUUAAGACUGGCAAGAGAAGGCAACAGUCAAGUAUAGAAUGUAUUUUUGGAUUUGUUGCUUUUCUUGUACAAGAGUUUCUCCAAGGAAGAAUCAUGCCAAUUGUGAAGAUAUGCUCUGCGAGUGAUCAGUCUAUCGGGUCUAAACCCGAAGCAGUAGAACGACAUGAGAAGAAAGAGCAGGAAGCCAUCAAAGAAUCAGGAGAUCCUCCUUUGCACAACGACAUUGUUGAAGAGUCUUUUAAGAUAUCAGCUUCAGUUUCAGCGGAGCUUAAAAGAGAAUCAAAGAAGAAGCAGAAGAGCUAG